GACGGGGGAUGUGAAUCAUGUGAGCUUAUUGUCACAAAGAAUGACAAAGGCUACAUGCUACAUCACAUACGUUUUUGGUGCUGGUUGAAGUUGCAGUAGUCAGCAAACACUUUUACUGCAAGAGAUUUAGGAGUUCAGCAUCAGCACACCUGUUCGUCAAUGACUGCUCUUGCUAAGACACAGUACAGAUGUGCAGAGUUGCUCUGGAAGUUCAGUCCCCUCCAGGAAAUCCUAUUGGAUACGUCAAACAGAAUUGGCACCCAUAUAUUCCCAAGUUCACCAUUCAGGAUGAGAAAAGAAAUUCUGUGCUGAAAAUCAUUGGCCCUUUCUGUGACUGCAAGUGCUUCUCAGACGUGAACUUUGAGAUCAAAUCACUGGACGAGACCUCAGUCGUUGGUCGUAUUUCUAAACAAUGGUCUGGCUAUGGGAACGAGAUGUUUACAGAUGCAGACAACUUUGGGGUGCAGUUUCCAAUGGAUAUGGAUGUGAAGAUGAAGGCCACCAUACUGGGAGCUUGUUUUCUCAUUGACUUUGUGUUUUUUGAACAUUCAAAGCAGCAAGAUCAUCAUUAGAAUGGUGUGUCAGUGAGUCGUGAUGAAUAUUUUCAGAUGAAAACAACCAUUACAUGCAGUGCCUUGAGACGCCUUCAUUUCAAAUGUGUUUAUAGUGCCUCUUUCUCAGGGCCUCUUCUCUUAGUUUAGUCUUAUAGCUUAUCAGCUGAUUUGACCAUCACGUGAUUAUUGUGUGUUUUCAACCUUUGGGGCAACUCAGUGAUGUUUUCAUAAUGUACACAGUGCUUUUGUCAAACACUGUUAGGCAAUAUUUAGUAGCCUUCAGUUAAAGUUUAAAACCAAGACAGCUAUCUGUGAAAUGCGUGACAGUAAAAAGAGGUCAGCAGAAAGACAACUUGAAAUGUGUAGGAUGCAGUAAAUGCAUCUUCAAAUCCACUAAACCACUAAACUAACGGAAGUCAUGAAGACUGGUAAAAAAAGUGAGCUGCUGUUUUCUAUGAGGACAUUUUUUACUAGUCUUUUGAUAGAAUAAAAUAUAAGUAAAUAUUUACAUCUGAUUCAGUUUUGUACCUACAUAUUUUAUUAUGUCCGCUGUCACUUUUCAAGUGACAAAUCCUUGGUUGUUUUUAUAAUAUCAAGACUCCACUAGAUGGCUGUAGUCAGCUUCAAAAUGUUGCAUGAGAUCCUACAACCUCAGAUCAUCAUUUACAAGUGGACCUGUUACAUGACUCACAACUAUGUCUAUUUCAUAAAGUUAAACAACAAGACGUUUUCAGGUUAAAUGUACUGUUCUCACAUCAUGGGUUGAUGCAUUAUGGUGUGUGUUCUUUUGUCAGAUAUAUUAGGUUUGUUCAUCAGUUACCAGGCAGUAGAUGUAUUAUCUUUAACACAUUUCAGCCUUAUUUCAGUGUUUUUAUUGUUUUUUUUUAUUGUUUUAUUGCUUUUAUUUUUAUUGUCUGUGGUAAUCAGGGAAGCUCCUUGAACUGAGCAAUACAUUAUUUUAAUGGAAUGUGGAGUGGAGUGCUUUUACCAUUAUGUACUAUUCAUACAGUGCUGUUAACAGCCCAGUCUGUAAACAAGUCCAGCAUGUUUUGUUUGAUAUAAUACCAUAUAUGUGACCUGGCCUCGUCCAGACUACCUAUCUGCUUUGCUGUCACAGGGACAUAGACUGCAAAUCUUCACUUUAAAAUGUGUCAGUCAGUAGCCUGAGACAUAGCUCUCUGCACCAGGACACAGGCUACGUGUAUGGUCAAUCUGAUCAUGAUAUCUGCUCCUCCGGAGAUGUGUCUCCAUACAAAAAUGGUUUGAACAGCAGCUGCGUGAUGACAUGGGGUUUUUUGGCCUAAAUACAGCAGCCCUGCUCUCAGGCUCCUUUGAGCCAUUUCGCUUCUUUGAACCCCUGGAUAACUGCUGGAUGCUUCCUGGGUGUGGAGCGCCACGGUGGCGAGACAGCAGGAAAUGUUUGGUUUGAUCAAUAAUAAAGGACUCAUCUGCUUCUGUUGGUAUCAGAAGACUGAGACAGUCACUAAUGAAGGCCUGGUGUGGUAUUUGCCUCAUGAAAUAAGAGCCCAGUUCAUGAAUGAUGGCAUUUUGGAAGUGUUUUGUCUACAUGUGCUGUCUACAUUCUGUACAAAGCAAAUGUGCAUAUACACUGUAUGUUAUGUUAUCGCUUGUUUGUGUAAAAAUUUCCUUUGAAUUGGCAAAUUCAAUUAGCUGAUGCUGUGGGAUUAGAAGUCUGUAGAGUUUGAACUGGAUCAGAAAUUGUGAGCAGGUGCGCUGAAAACAGGAGAUGUUCUGCUAGUUUAGCUGGUACCUUAUAGUAGUGUGGGCUAGAAAUGACAUUUUUACCUGUUAUGGAAGUGGAAUAUCACCUAUGUGCUUUAUUUGUCUGUAGCCUGCUUAUAACAGAAAACACAUUCCCCUUCACUCAUACAUUCUGAUGUCAGUGUGAGGAAGCAAUUCAUCCUGAUUGGAACACAAAGAGACAGAUACACACACACACACACACACACACACACACUGACACAAACACUCCAUCAAUUUCUAUGAGUAGACAACAUGAAAAACAGUCAUCUUACACAGUGAUUGAGGUUACAGGCUGGCAAGGAGAGCAGCACAAAUCCUAAAUAAGCAUUUUGCUCAUUACUGUGACAACAAUGAAAAUAUUUUAUUUACAUGAACAUGCAGAUAUUGUCGGCUACAUGUAUGUUGACUCAGUAGCUGUUCUUUUUUGGACUUUCAGCAAAGAAUAAUGUUAGAUUUUUUUUGAAAAUAAAGCAACUACACUCAAA